CUCAUUGUAAGAUGCUCCAUGGAAAAGAGCCGAGCAGUGGGCAGAGACUGUGAGUCCCCGAUAACGAGAGCGCCUAACAUUUCCGUGGUAUUCCCAUUUGCUAGUGCGCUGCUGCGGCCACACGCCUGAUUGAUAUAUGCCUGCAAUGGCACUUUUCCAUUUGACACUCUCCCUCUCUCUCCCUCUCUCUCUCCCUCUCUCUCUCCCUCUCUCUCUCCCUCUCUCUCUCUCUCUCCCUCUCUCUCCCUGGGUCGCUUAAACAACAGUCCUAACUUUUGUGUGUUGCAAAUAUAAAAGGCAAGCCAUGUGACAGAGGGACAGAAGAACAAAAGCAUUUGGAAGUAACAGGACCUCUUUCUAGCUCUCAGAAAAGUCUGAGAAGAAAGGAGCCCUGCGUUUCCCCCAAGCUGUGCAGUACAUACUGCAGUGAUCAGUUGCAAGUGAAAGGAGCAAGACAACGCCUGCAUACAAAGGACAAUGACAACCAGAAAGCGGCAGCCUCAUCCUGCCCUGGCCUUGAAAGGGACUGGAUCCUAGGAGGUGGCUGCAUUUCCAAUCUAUUGUCCUCUGUCUCCCUCUGCUGUUCAUCUGGAGAAGUUUCCCCUUACAACAAUGAGAAAUCAUGUACUAGCUGCAUCCAUUUCUAUGCUCUCCCUAUUGGCCAUAAUGGGAGAUACAGACAGCAAAACAGACAGCUCGUUCCUGAUGGACUCUCAACGUUGCAUGAGGCACCAUUAUGUCGAUUCUAUCAGUCACCCAUUGUACAAAUGUAGCUCAAAGAUGGUGCUCCUGGCCAGGUGUGAGGGGCAUUGCAGCCAGGCAUCACGCUCUGAGCCCUUGGUGUCCUUCAGCACUGUCCUCAAGCAACCUUUCCGUUCCUCCUGUCACUGCUGCCGACCCCAGACUUCCAAGCUGAAGGCUCUGCGUUUGCGCUGCUCAGGGGGCAUGCGACUUACUGCCACUUACCGGUACAUCCUUUCCUGUCACUGCGAGGAAUGCAGCUCCUGAGGCUUAUUGAUGAUUGGCUCUCUGGCUGGCACAACUACAGGAGCAGUUCAACCUGCUAGAGAAGGACUGGCGAGAAAAGAGUUAAGGCAGAUAAAGAGGGAGGAAGUCCCACAGGAUUGUGCAUAUUCUAGUCCUCAAGACUCAAUUUGCUUUCAACAGAAAGUGACUCUGGGAACUUGCUUUCCAUUCCCAUCUCCUUUCCCUGGAAGAAUUUCUUUUGGUUACUUUUCAGAUUCAGGCAUUUCCCCUGUUGGCUCUGAUUAUGGUUUGGGUGCCUGAUAGCAAUUCGUUAGUGGGAAAACGUGGGGCCCUGUGCAAGAGCGUGUCAGGCUGUCCCUAUUUGGUGCAUAUUAGGGAAGAAUUUACCCAGCUCUCCUUAGGAGAUCUUUAGUUGUUGUUUCCCCUUGUCGUUUUGGUCUAAGAUUUGCCUCUAAAAGUUCCCAGUUUUAAGAUCUGGAUGCCAAGUCCAUGGAUAUGUUUAGUGAGAUUUACUCACAGUCAGCUAACUGCUACUAAAAUAACUAACACAUGGGUUCUUUUCUGUGACAACAGGACUCCUGACUGCUAUAGUUAUUAUUCAGAAAUGACUUAGGGGAUAUAAAGAUGGCAGAAGGAACCUAUAAUCUUAAGGGUUUUGCAGGUAAAUGAUGGUAAACUUUUGUGAGGAAGCAGGCUUUCACACAUAACAUUCAGAUGGAUCCCACACUGACUGUGGAGAAGGCAUACAUUACACGUGACAUGGAGAACACACCAUACUCAUAACUGAGCAUUAGUCAAGCAUGUAGAAAUCUAUUUGUGGGUGUGCAAUAGCUUCAGCCAACUCUUGAACAUCAUUCCCUAACAUUCACCUGUCUAUGUGAAGCUUGUUGCCAUAGUGGUGGCCUGGCUUAUCCUCUGAAAAUUUUGUUCCAAUAUAUUUUUGGUCGUUGAAGCUCAAAUUUUGAAUUCUACCCAUGUUUUGAAAUAAAAAUAGAGUACCUUCAAAA